UCUGUGAGAGUGAACUCAGGAUGAAGAUCCUCCUCAUCUUCACCCUCUGUCUCAUCUCAGAUGGAGGAGCAUCAAAGAAAGUAACAGGAUAUUCAGGAGGAGGAGUUCUUAUUAAGUGCAAGUAUGAUACAGAAUACACAGAUAACCAAAAAUAUUUCUGUAAGGGUUCAAUGUCAGCCUGUUCUGAAAAAAUAAAGACAGGAGAUAAAAACCAGUGGGUAAAUUCAGGAAGAUUCUCACUGUUUGAUGACACCAAUUCAUCAGAGUUCUGGGUGAUGAUCAGAGAGCUCAAUGUAAAGGAUGCUGGGACGUACCACUGUGGAGUUAAUAUAACUUCAGGGAAUGACAUUAACACACCGGUGAAACUGAGGGUAAAGACAAAUCUGUCUUAUGGGAAGUCCAUCAGUAAGACUGUUCAUGCAGGAGAGGAUUUGACUGUCAGCUGUAAAUACCCAGAAUCCCUCAGGAGUGACCCCAAGUUUGUCUGCAGGUGGCUGCAAACUGCUGCUUGUUCUUAUAAUACAUCUGUUAAAGAAAGUACAAAAUAUGUAAAAACUGGGAAAAUAUCCCUGUAUGAUGACAGAGAAAAACAAAUCAUCAGUGUGAGUAUUAGAGAUGUAACUGAGCAGGACUCUGGUGAAUACUGGUGUGGAGCUGAAGUACCUUGGAGAUCUGAUCAUGGAUACAAAGUUUAUUUCACACGGAUCAACCUGACAGUUACUGGAUUUUCAGCUUCCACUGUGAUCACUGUCUCUGUAAUUCUGCUGCUGCUUCUGAUUGGAAUCAUUAUCCUCAUUCUGACUGUACAAAACAGACACAAGAUGCAAGCAGGCACAACUUUCCAAAAUUCAGGAAAUGACCAAGGGGUUUCUCUUGAUGUUCAUGAAUAUGAGGAGAUUAAAGACACCAGACAACUUUCUGCCUCAAACGCUGAAGUGUCCACAGUUUACGUUACUGCUCAACUACCCACAAUUUCCUCUGAUAAUCACGCUGCUUAUGUAAAGACAGAGUUACCCACAAACAUCUGUGAUUCAGCUGCUCAAAUGCCCACAAUCCCUUCUGACCAGAACAACUGCUCCAAAGCUUAGUUACCUACAUGUCUCUGAAGCAUGUCUCAGUGCUUGACUACCGCUCUCACAGACCUCUGUGCAAAUAACUGCUAUUCUUCAGUUUUCUAGCAAAAACUUUCUGGAAACAUCUAAAGAAGAAUAUUUGUGUACAUAAUUGCUCUGUUAUGAAAUAUUUACAUUAACAUUUAUGGCAUUUGACAGACGCCUUAAUCCAAAGCAACGUGAAAAAGUGAUUUUAAGUCUCUUUCGAUGAAUACAUUAACACUCGCUCACCAGGUUACAGACUUACAAAAUUCAACAAACAGGGGAGUGAUAUUUCAUAUCAUAAAAAGUGCUAGAUAUAAUACAUUUAUGGCAUUUUGCAGAUACCCUUAUUCAGAGCAACAUUCAAUGUUUUUUUAUAAAUAUACACAAACAACAAAGAUGUGUAGUUGCUAAGUCAUGUAUUUCAAGAAGACAUAUGUCUUCACACAUUGUUUGAAAAUAGCCAGUGUCGAGCUGCUCGGACCUCUAGGGGAAGUUCAUUCCACGACCUCAGGGCCAAAACAUCUCAUAGUCUUGCUGUAUACCUACCACUUAUCCUGAGAGAUGGUGGGACCAGCCGAGCAGUGCUGGUAGAUCUGAGGAAGCAAGGUACAGUGCAAGCAGUGAAAACAGAUUUGACGUAAGAAGGAGCUGGAUCAUUUUUGGCUUUGUAGGGAAGCAUCAGCAUUUUUAAUCUGAUGCAUGCAGAAUUUAGGCAGGCUGAAAACAAGUAGUGCAGCUGCAUUUUGGAUCAUUUACAGAGAAGGAAUUGCAUUUAUAGGUAGACCUGCCAGCAGUGAGUUGCAGUAGUCCAUUGUUAAAAUUACAAGAGACUGAAGAAGUACCUGUGCAGCCUGUGUGUACAGAAUCCUUGUGAUGUUUUAGAGAAGAAAGCGCCAUUAGCAUGUCACAUUAGCAACAUGCGAGGAAAAGACAGUUGGUUGUCAAUGGUUACCCCAAGGAUGCAAGCUGUAACCAAAGAGGAGAUCAUUUUGCAGGGAUAUUACAGGAUAUUGACCUGGGCAUGAAUCACCUGGGAUGAUUAGCAGUUCAGUUUUGCUGGGAUUGAGUUUCAACUGAUGAGCUUUCUUCCACAAUGAUAUGUCUGACAGACAUGCUUAGAUUCAAGCAGAGGCCAUGGUAUCUGAGGGAGGAAAGGAGAAGAUAAGUUGAUUAUCACCAGCAUAGCAUGUAACUUGACCAAGAGAGUGAGUAUACUGGGAGAAAAAGAGAGGAUCAAGUACUGAGCCCUGUGGGACACUAGUGGAGAGUCUGUGUGGAGCAGACAUCACUCCCCUCCAUGUUACCUGAUAUGGGUGACCUUCCAGGUAGGAAGCAAUUCCUACAGAAUCCAUUCCCAUGCUGAUCUGCUGAUCCCAAGACUCCUGAGGGUGGACAAGAGAUCUUGCGGUUGAUUGUAGGAGGAUGAGGAAAGAUGACAGCUUGUCUCAUCUAGCAGCAUGUAGAUUCUAGGAAUGCAGUUGUUAGGAUUGCAAGACUGGAUGAGUUGUAAAGCUGCUUCUGCUGCUAUAGUUGAGAGAUAUGACAAUGAAGGAGUAGGAUAAUCCUGGCUGUAAAAUGUAGGUACAGUCAGGGCAGAAGUGAAGGUCUGGAAGAUUUUCUCAAUGUAAAAGAAAGCAAAGUCUUCAGUAGACAGGGCAGAUGAAGCAGGGGGUGCUAGGGGGUUGAGUAGUGAAGAAAAGAUUUUGUGGAGCUUCUUGCUUUUCAUUCAGUCUGCAGAGAACUUGGCCAGGACUGUACAGUAAGAGGCAAGAUCUGCAUUGAGUGAUUUCUUCCACUUUCUCUCUGCUAAUCUUAGUUCUCUUCAAUUGCUGCACAACACAUCCAGAAGCAAAGGAGCAGAAUUGGAAGUCAAGAAGGAGUCAGGAUCAGGAAGAAAUGAAAGACUUCCAGAAGCUGCAGAAGAACGGGAGAUAGAGGGGAGCUUAUGACUGGACAGACAAAUUUCAUCCUUGUGUGUUAGGAGUGUUGCUGUUGAACGUCAGGGGGAAGGAGUCCAGAAGAGUCAGGAGGGAAAAAGACUGAAGCUUGUCAGAGGGGAGGAUUAAAUCACUAAGCACUGUCAGAGGGAUGCUCUUGGAAGGGAAUGCACUGAGCAGUGUGUCCAUUUCUUCCAGGAAGUCUCCUAGUGCACCAGGAGGACAGUAGAUGAAAAUGAUGACAAGGAUGAUUGGAGAGGUAACUGAAACGGCAUGAAAUUCAAAAGAAGAAAUGGUUACAUUUAUUUUGGUUAUAGCAGAGGCAUUCAAUCACUAUUUUAUUGUUUUACAGUUGUUUUACACAUAAGAGUUGUUUAACACCUUUACAGUUGUUUAACACAUACGCUUUUCCAAUAGACACAAGUCAAUCCGUUUUCAGUUUAAUAACCAUCACAGAAUCAGAGGUAUCACAGAUCAUUAAAUCACUUAGACCGUCUAGUUGUAAAGAUAUUUUUGGUAUGGAUACAGUGAUGCUCAAGGAGCUUAGUGCAACAGUCACACGCCCCAUUACCAAAAUUAUCAAUUUAUCAAUUUCACAAAAUAUGUUCCCCAGUAUGUGGAAAUCAGCUGUUAUUGUUCCCAUUUUCAAACGUGGAGACCCUCAUUCAAAUUAUUAACUAUCUAAAUACCACACCCUAUGCUCUCCACCCUAUGCAGUUUGGCUAUAGAGCCAAUUAUUCAACCGAAACUGCUACUUGCUUCUUUGCUGAAAAUAUUAGAGCCUUGUUGGAUUGAGGUGUGGUGGUUGGAGCUGUGUUCCUGGAUCUUAAGAAGGCUUUCGACACUGUCAAUCAUAAAGUCUUGGUGACAAAAUUAUGCAGUUCCCAACAUGUCAGAGUCUAGUCAUUUAAAUCAGCGGCUCUCAGUCUAUCUACCGGUCUUCCUCAAGGAUCAAUUUUAGGACCUUUGUUGUUCUCACUUUAUAAAUGACCUACUGUCUGUCUGUGCAGAUGUUUCUGUGUGUGUCUGUCCAGAUGUAUGCUGACACUCUCUGACACUGUAGUCUAUGUUCAUUGUAGGAAUAUUUCUCAGGUAGCUGCAAAAAUCACUAACUCUAUGGUUAAUAUCACAGAUUGGUUGAAACAUUCUUGCCUGCAGUUGAAUACAUCAAAAACAGUAGCAAUGCAUUUCACCAAGUCUAACAAUAAGUUCAGUGUUGAACCAGAUGUCUUUGUGUCAGGGGAAAGGCUACAGAUUGUGUCAGAGUACAAAUAUUUGGGGAUUGUCUUUUAAAUCGCAUGUAAAAAAGGUCUGUAAUAUAAUCACAUUCGACCUCAGUAACUUUAGACACAUUCGCCAUCAAAUGUCUAUCAAAUCAAUGCACUCUAUGAUUUUUUCACAUAUCUCUUACUGUUUGCCCGUUUGGUCACAGGCUAGUGUUACAUCUCUGAAGCCUCUUCAAUCACUUUACAAACGAACUGUAAAAAUUCUGGAUAGGAAAUCAAACAUUUCUCAUUAUUGUCCAAUAUUACAAAAAUAUAGAUUACUCAGCUGGGAAAACAUGGUAAAAUUCUCAAAUCUAUUCUUGUUUAAAGUCACCUCAGACUUGCUCAUUGGGGAUACAUUCAUACACAUUGUGAACUAAAUCUAUCUAAUAUGAAUCUUGAAUUUUGCAUUCUAUUAAUCUUUAUAUUAUUCUUUAUAUUAACCUUUUGUUCUAUGUUUAUGUUCUUAAAGCUGCUUUGAGACAAUGUCACUUGUAAAAAGUGCUAUACAAAUAAACUUGAAUUGAAUUGAA